UUUUUUUUUUUUUUUUUUUUUUUUCAGCAUAGAAAUCAUCGAAAUUAAUUUAUAGUCCAUAAAGCUGUGAUUAUUUUUCCCAGAGUUUGAGUGUGAAUAAGCACAAACCAAACCUCUACGUGACGAUCUUUCCUAUGCUCCCUCUCUCGUAUUAACCUAUCUCUCCAGCACACUCUCCGCCUCUUCAAUUCCUCCGAUCGCUCACUUCAUUGUGUCCAUUUCUAUACGGUUGCUGCGGAUUUGUUCUGCAUUCGACUCACUAGAGGUGGAAAAAUGGCUUCCGUGGCCCAGUCUCCAGUGUCAUUCACUGGGAAUUUGGCCUCCAAAUCUACUGCUUCUGAUCUUCUUAAGAGCUCAAUUAAUGGUGCUUGUGGUUUACCCCUAAGAGCCCUUGGAAAGGCGCAACUAGGAGCAAAAAGAAGGGACUUCGCUAUAUCUGCAAGAGUUAGGAAGGUUAAAAAGCAUGACUAUCCAUGGCCAGAAGAUCCCGACCCAAAUGUGAAGGGCGGAGUCCUUACUCACCUCUCACCUUUCAAGCCUUUAAAAGAGAAGCAAAAGCCAGUCACCUUGGAUUUUGAGAAACCUCUAAUGGAUCUGCAGAAAAAAAUUAUUGAUGUGCAAAAGAUGGCUAAUGAAACUGGUCUGGAUUUCAGCGAUCAAAUUAUUUCAUUAGAGAAUAAAUAUCAAAAGGCUCUGAAAGAUCUGUACACACAUCUGACUCCCAUACAACGUGUGAAUAUUGCACGACACCCGAACAGGCCAACUUUUCUUGAUCACAUCUUCAAUAUAACUGAGAAGUUUGUAGAGCUUCACGGUGAUCGAGCUGGAUAUGAUGAUCCUGCUGUAGUCACUGGACUUGGUACAAUAAACGGCAGAAGCUACAUGUUCAUGGGCCAUCAGAAGGGAAGGAAUACGAAAGAGAAUAUUAAGCGUAACUUUGGAAUGCCUACUCCUCAUGGUUACAGGAAGGCACUACGCAUGAUGUACUAUGCUGAUCAUCAUGGAUUUCCAAUUGUCACCUUCAUUGACACUCCAGGGGCAUAUGCUGAUGUUAAGUCUGAGGAACUGGGCCAAGGGGAAGCAAUAGCUCACAACUUGAGGACUAUGUUUGGUCUGAAAGUACCAAUUGUUUCAAUUGUUAUCGGCGAAGGUGGUUCUGGUGGAGCUCUGGCUAUUGGUUGUGCUAACAAGCUGUUAAUGCUUGAAAAUGCAGUCUUCUAUGUAGCCAGCCCUGAAGCAUGUGCUGCAAUCUUGUGGAAGAGUGCAAAAGCUUCUCCAAAGGCCGCUGAGAAGCUGAAGAUAACAGCUACAGAGCUGACCAAACUACAAAUUGCCGAUGGUGUCAUCCCUGAACCUCUUGGUGGCGCGCAUGCAGAUCCCUACUGGACCUCUCAACAAAUCAAAACUGCAAUUGUUGAAUCCAUGGAUGAACUUGUAAAGAUGGACACUGAAACACUACUAAAACAUAGGGCUCAGAAGUUCCGGAAACUUGGCGGAUUCCAGGAGGGAAUUCCAAUUGACCCCAAGAGGAAAGUAAAUAUGAAAAAGAAAGAACAACCCUUAGUUCCGAUCAGCAAGACAUCAGAGGUGGAGUUGAGGAACGAGGUUGAGAGAGUGAAACAACAGAUUUUGGAAGCCAGUAAAUCGUCUACAGGGGCCCCAGCGACAAGAUUGAAGGAGGUGAUCGAGAAAUUAAAAAGAGAGCUCGACUAUGAAUAUGAUGAGGCUGCAAAAGCUCUAGGUAUGGAUGGCAAAAUUUUGAUGAUGCGCGAGGAAAUUGCAAAAGCAAGGAAUGUGAACGACCAGCUUGCACAUCCUGCUUUAAAGGAAAAGAUUGAACAGCUGAAGGAUGAAUUCGACAAAAACCUUCCUACAGCUCCUAAUUACUCCAGCCUGAAAUCUAAGCUCAAUAUGCUGAAAGCAUUAUCCAAAGCUUUGAAUCUGCGGAAGAAGAGCACCCCUAAAGAUGAACUAAAAAUUGAAAUCAAUAAGAGAUUCAAUGAACUUGUGGAUCGGCCUGAUGUAAAACAAAAGAUUGAGACACUGAAGGCUGAAAUAGUAAAUUCAGGGGUGUCGGGUAUUGGUGCAAAUCCAGAGCUAAAGGAAAAAGUUCAGAAGUUGAGCAGAGAGCUAGAUUCAGAAUUUAUGGAUGUUCUUAAGUCCUUUGGUUUGCAAGUGGUUCCUUCAGCCCCAGCGGCAAUGGUGAAAAUAGAUGCUUUUGAAGAAGGAGUUAGUAUGAUUAUAGAUGAUUUUGUCAAUUCUUCGGAUUUGAAGGACAAGAUUGAGACGCUGAAGGCAGAGGUGGGGAAAGCUGGCAAUACACCUGAUGGGGACUCAAAAAGUAAGAUUCAGGCUUUGGAGACAGAAAUCAAGCAAGCUAUCAUUGAAGGUAUAAGUUCCCCAGAAUUAAAAGAAAAACAUGAGAGGCUGGCGACUGAGGUAUUAGAGGCUACCAAAUCUUCAGUAGAAAGUACCACAGAUGACCAGUCUAAGCUCGAUGAGUCUCGGGUAAAUGUCAGUCUGGAAGCUAAUCGCAGCUUCAUCUGAUAUCGUUGGCUGAGUCAAAAAGAUCUGUUGAAACUACACCAAGAUGCUCCGAAGAACUUUUUCAACCAUUUCUCUAAUUGUAUUAUUUACUGGCUUCUCCUGGACACCCUAAGAUUUCUGAGUUCGUAAGACAUGAUGGUGGCACAGAAGAUUCGCUUAUGCAGCCUGAUUUCCUUUUUUCGGCUAUAAGGCUUGGUAAUUUGUACUGCUUAGAUGUUUCAUUCUAAGUUAUGUUACUUCAAUUCAGUUGAUUGGCUGUUAUUCCAUAAGUUAGACAUAGAACAUUGUAUAAAUGACUUGAGGAGAGGCAGAACGUAUUUUGGGAAUUCGGGAAUAUUAAAACGGGAUCGUAUUUCCAUAAAA